ACUUUGAGCGCGCGGCUGCGCACUGCGCCGCCGGCCCUCCCGGAAGCGCAGAGCUCCGCUCGUGCCACGUCUAUCCCCUUACAUCCUCCUAGGACCCGGUAGUCGCCGCCCCAGCCCGCCGGGGGCGCAGCGCCCGAGCCGCGGCCCUCGAGACGGGACCGAGAGCAUCAUGGGCAGCACUGUCCCGCGCUCCGCCUCCGUGCUGCUUCUGCUACUGCUCCUGCUCCGGGCUGAGCAGCCCCGCGGGGCCGAGCUCACCUUCGAGCUGCCGGACAACGCCAAGCAGUGCUUCCACGAGGAGGUGGAGCAGGGCGUGAAGUUCUCCCUGGAUUACCAGGUCAUCACUGGAGGCCACUACGAUGUUGACUGCUAUGUGGAGGACCCCCAGGGGAACACCAUCUACAGAGAAACCAAGAAGCAGUACGACAGCUUCACGUACCGGGCUGAAGUCAAGGGCGUUUAUCAGUUUUGCUUCAGUAAUGAGUUUUCCACCUUCUCUCACAAGACCGUCUACUUUGACUUUCAAGUGGGCGAUGAGCCUCCCAUUCUCCCAGACAUGGGGAACAGGGUCACAGCUCUCACCCAGGGCUUCAGGGUCUUCUGCCUGUAGCUGCCAAAGGAAGAGAGAAUGAGAAAAGCCCAUCUACUUCUUAAAAGCCCAGGCCCAGUGGGAAUACGUAUCACCUGCUCAUGUCCCAUGGGUGAGAACUUAGUCAUGUGGCAAAGCUGGAUGAAAGGAAGGCUGGCAAGUAGAGCCUUAGCAACAGCUCCACAUUAUGGAGGAGAAAUGGUGACAUUUUGCGGGGAUAGUCAUGUCUGUCGCCCAUGGCUGUCAAGGUUCACUAUUCUCUGAUCCCAUCCUCCUUCAUCUGUCUUCCCUUCUGCUAUUUAAGCUCCUCCUUCCCUUUCAUAUGCAGGCUGGGGGCUUCCUGAGGGCUAGGACCCUGAAUGAUUUACUUUUGUAUCCUCAGUGCUUCAGUGCAUAAGGUAGGGCACAGGAAGGAGCUCACCAAAUACUUGUGAAAUGACUGUCAGGGCCCAGGGAAACCUGUAAGACAGGAAUAACCAUCGAUAGCAGCACGUGUGCCAGAACCAAAGCCACAGCGUCUUGAACUUUCAAGGAGGCCAGAUGAUCUUCUGGGCCGCCCUCCAAGGUGGCUCCCUUCCUCUGUGGCUCUGGGCACACUCACGAGUGCCUGUGGAUUCACUUGCCCAGUCUUCCACCUUCCCUAAGCAGUUGGAGGCUAGAGCUGCACUGUUCAGUACAGUAGCCAGUAUGUAAAUUUGGCUAUUUAAAUUAAUUAAAAUUAAAUUAAAAAUUCACUUCCUUAUCUGCACCAUAGCAAUACUCCAGGUACUCAAUAGUCACAGGUGGCUAGUGGCCAUGCAUAGAAAGUUCCAUUGUCCAAAACUGGGUUUGAUCUUUGGGCUUUUGGCAACAUGAUUUCUGUUAGAAGAUCCAGCCGAGGGUGUGUAUUGUGUGUAAGAUCUUUUGCAGCCAAUACUCAUGAGAGUUCUGUUGGCCACUGUUGAGACAGCCUCUAUUGGGAAGAUUCUGUAAGUCUCCAAAAGCUGAGCUGAAGAACUUCCCCCUUUACCAGUAGAAAACAAAUUGGUAGGAAAAGCCUUAAAGAAUUAGGUCAACAGAGACAUUCUUUCCUGGAGUCUGAGCAGUAGUUUGAUUUUGUUGCAGGAAAGGGUGAUUUAUGCUUCCCUUUUCUUAUAUGUUAGAACCUCUUCUUUGCUCCUGCUUAGCCUCAAAAGAGCCGUUUCCUUCCACUUCUCUGACCCCGCCACCUUGAACCAUCUGUGCCUGCCUUUGAGAGUACUUGCUUCUAUGCCAGAAUUCACUCAGUCUACACAUUGUGCCAGCAGUGAUGGCUCUGUGCCUGGUACUGGGCACCCUGCAAGGAGCACAGCCCUGCAAGCCAGUUGGCUAUGGGGCACUGUGGUCAGAGCUGUAAUUGAAGCGCCAGGAGUCUUGAGGAGGCACUGAUGAAUUCUUCCAGGAGUCAGGAAGGCUUCACUUGAAAAUGUAGAAGCUUGGCCUUCUAGGUGAAGAGAACAGGUGAGAUUUAUGGAGUGUAACUUUCAUUCUUCUCGCCAGCGCUUUUUAUCUUGCUUGGCAUGGGUCCCCCUUUACCCAGCAGCUGCUGUCUCGCCUCUCCCCAGACUUCUUGCAGCACAGUGGUGAGCCAGAGGCCGUGGUUUCUGGCAAGAAAGUAAGUAUUAGGUGAAAGAACAGGUUCCAUAGUGACCAGGGCCCAGGCCAGGGAUUCAGGUCCAAAGGACUUGUUUCAGGCCGGAGUUCAGGAAAACCAGGCUCCUAGGAGAGGACCUGGGUGGGCCAGGAGAAUGCGACUUGAGGAAAGCCAAGCUCGAGGGGCUUCCAGGCUUCCUGAGAAUCUGGGCAGAUCCUGGUCAGAGCUGAAGGUUUCUGACAGAGGUCAAAGGCCAAGAGCUACCUCCCUGGUGAUCUAGGAAGGAUUAAAGGUUUUCUUAAGUGCUCUGAGGCCAGCUUCUACUUCCCUGUCUUUGAGUUCUUGAAGAAUUUAAAGAAGCAGAUACUUGGGUCAGGGGAGGCCUGAUGAGGUGAGGGCUGCAGGAAUUUGUCAGUGGUUACAGACUGAAGACCUCGGCAUCCGCAGGUGGCUGGGACAGGAUGGGAUGUCAGCGUGGAGAUGGAGGAAAGGGAUGGUGCCAGAGGUGGGAUGGGUCAGGGUGUCCUAGAGACCGACUGUCACCAUGAAGUGGCAACUGUAAUCCCUGUGAGGCUCCAGGACACUGGAAGCCAGCCAGGACUGGUGGUCUUAGCAGGGCGGAAGGUCACACACGAGGAGACCUGGGGACUCGUGGCCUGGGAAAACAGGACCCUGAAAACAGAGGGGUUCUGUUGGUUUUCUGCUGGGUGGGAAGCUGGCUGAGGGACUGCCUAACUGAAAUUUUGUGGUAACAGGCUGAACAGGUUUGUUUGAGACGAGCACUAACUGAAGAUCUCAGCGGAUGGGGAAAUAGCAUGUUUUUGUGGUGAGGGUGAGCAUCCAGGUAGCUGUGAUUCUUGGGGAUGAUUCUCGGGGAUGUAUUGCUCUGGGGUCUCUUUCAGCGUCUGUGCAAGGUCCUGAAGGCGUCUGCAGGUGUUAGUUGCCAAGAAAGCUGUAGAGUAUCACCUGUUGCUCCGUUACCCUCUUGGAACUGGUCCCUUUGCUGUCACUGAUCUGAUCUGAGAUUGUUCCUUUAAAGGCCACCGAGGCCUCUUCAUGCAGUCUCCGUGCCGGUUUCUGGCCUGUGUCACUGGAUCUAGGCCUUUAAAGUGAUGCUUCACAUAAAUAUCUGACUCAUCCUCUGUCUUGGUGUCUACACCUGUGAUUUCUGUGUCCUCCCUCUUCUUUUUCCCUUCCUCCUUCCUCUCCAGUGACUCUGGGUCCUGGGAGAAGGCUGGAGAUGCUGACCAGUACUGCUGAAUUCCCAGGCCAGGGCCUACGGUCCAAGGAGUCCCCAGUCAAGUGAGUCUAGUUGGACACUUUGUUUCUGAAUGAGUUUGUGACACAUAAACUUGGAGAAUGGAAUUCUAGCCUGGAAAAUCAAAUGAGCCCUUCCACAGUGUUCUCUGCGGAUUUGUACAUACAAACAUGUAUACAUAUGUGUGUGUGCGCCACACAUACAUAUACACAUAUACUACCUAUGACCAUGAUACAUACAUGUAUACACUUAUGUGUGUGUCUCCAUCCCUCCCACUGAUUUCAAGAAUGAUCCACUUUGUUACGAAGUCCUGUGAUUUCAGUGCCAUCAAUUUCCCUCCAGUCCACUCUUCCCUGACAUGGCGACCUUCUUAACUGAGGCCUGCAUCUUCUCUUCCCAGUAGAAUUGCAGCCACCUAAGUGGUUUCCCUGCCUCUAAACUGGUUCGCAUACAUCCCUUUCUGCAUCAUAGCUGCCAGAGGCAGAUUCUCGUAAAGUGGGAUUCCGAUCUUGCCAAUCUUCUGCUCACAGAGCCACACACGAUAAAGUCUUGGACCUCGAGGCCCUUUACUAUGAGCUUCCACCUCCCCACAGCUGCUUCUCCAUGCAUCCCUGUCACCAUGUCAGUCCCUGAUCCCAGAUCAGGCCCUGUACAGUUCUUUGCCUGUGCUUCUGCUGCUUGGGAUGUGUUCUCAGCCUGGUGACGUCCUGCCCAUCCAUCAGGGCUCAGCUUGUCGUGUCCCAUGUCAAGUACUCCAUCUUCUCUGGCAGGCUCAGCAUCUUUCUCCUGGGUGUUCCCGCCGCUCUGCAUACCCUUCUGUUGUUGGCUGUUUAUAUUGCAUUCUAGUUGAGUAAUUUUUUCUUUAAAUUGUGAACUUUCUGAGAUCCAGGACUGUGUCUGGCUCUGAUUCUUAAUUCCCUGGGCCUAGCACAGUGCCUGGAAGAAAAGUAAGCAAUGAGUAAAUGUUUGAAUGAAGGAAUUAGUGGAAGUGUGAGCUAUUCAAACUCAGCCAUGAUUUGAAAUCCUUGUAACCUCAUCCUACAAGUGUCUAUCCUGAGUCCCCCAGCCCCACCUUCAAUCCUUUGUGAUUUUCCAGGGAUCACCAGGGUGAUGUAAAUACAGAACGGAUUUGUGUUACCAAGUCUGCCUGUAUAGGUGGUGCCUGGCAGGGAGCACUAGGGAGGCUUCUAGAAAUGGCAGAUCUUGAGUUAGCUUUGACACAGGUUCACAUAGGUUAAGCCCGACUCCACAUUGACCUCUUUCCUACUUCCUUCCCAGUUUAGUGUCCUGUUCCAUCUGUGACAGUUGACAUGCUUUAGUGAGCUUUGGAAGCAUUCCCCAGAGAGCUAGGAGGAGCAACCACAAAUGUGACCAUUGUCCCCAGUGCAGAGGCCUACACCUGAGCUUUCUUUUCUGAUGGUUGGCCUUUGAAGCCAGUUGGCUUUGGAAGUUCCCUUUGGAGUCAACUUCCUGAUGUCUGGAACCCUUCUUAGGAUCAUUUGUUCCUUUUUCAAUAUCAAAUGUCUGCAGGUAUAGCCCACCUACCAAAUGCGGGGAAGUGAAGAAGUCCAAUGCCGACUACACUCCAGUUGUGAAAGAUGAUAUGUAGCCCAAAAUAAUAGAGGAUAGAGGAUGUCACUGAGAAAACAGGACAGAGGUACUCAUGGGGGACAAAUAGGCUUGUUCUUCACUUGCUAUUGCUCCUUGAGCUGGUGUACCCAGUCUAACUCUAUCAGUUCCAUCUGAUACACAGUGAUCAUGCCACCUUUCUACGUGUGACAUUUCACCACUUCUUACACAUGGACCUGGAUGAGAGGGCCAGCCACCGUGUGCAGGAGAGUCCCAUAGCCUUGGGAGGUAGACCUGUUGCCAGAAAGAGGGAAGCUGCUGCCCUGUAAUGCAGAGGCAGAAGGGAAGCUUUUGUUCUUCCUUACAUAGUCUAGUUCAGCUCCUAGAAUGGCCCAGAGUUAAGGAUACCCAAUGAGGCAAGUAAGGGUAACACCAUUGUUUGGCAGUGGUUUCCUGUUUGUCUUCUGGAAGUGGUUUAAUGUGAGAGAGAAACAAGGGUUUUGGGGAGGUGUAGGGUCCAGCCCCACAGGGUGGAUGGGUUUUCUCCUUAUGUGCAGAGACGAGAGAUUGUAGAAAUAAAGACAUAAGACAAAGAGGUUAAAAAAAAGACAGCUGGGCCCAGGGGACCACUACCACCAAGAUGCAGAGACUGGUAGUGGCCCCGAAUGCCAGGCUGCGCUGAUAUUUAUUGGAUACAAGACAAAGGGGCAGGCUAAGGAGUGUGAGCCAUCUCCAAUGAUAGGUAAGGUCACGUGUCCACUGGACAGGGGGCCCUUCCUUGCCUGGCAGCCGAGGCAGAGAGAGAGAGAAGAGAGAGAGACAGCUUAUGCCAUUAUUUCUGCAUAUCAGAGACUUUUAGUACUUUCACUAAUUUGCUACUGCUAUCUAAAAGGCCAGGUAUACAGGAUGGAACAUGAAAGCAGACUAGGAGCGUGACCACUGAAGCACAGCAUCACAGGGAGACAGUUAGGCCCCCGGAUAACUGCGGGUCAGGCCCUCCACAAGAGGUGGAGGAGUAGAGUCUUCUCUAAACUCCACUGGGAAAAGGGAGACCCCCUUUCCCAGUCGGCUAAGUAGCAGGUGUUUUUCCUUGACACUGACGCUACCGCAAGACCACGGUCCACUUGGCAAUGGGCGUCUUCCCAGACACUGGCAUUACCGCUAGACCAAGGAGCCCUCUGGUGGCCCUGUCCAGGCAUAACAGAAGGCUCGCACUCUUGUCUUCUGGUCACUUCUCAGUAUGUCCCCUCAGCUCCUAUCUCUGUAUGGCCUUGUUUUUCCUAGGUUAUGAUUGUAGAGCAAGGAUUAUUAUAAUAUUGGAAUAAAGAGUAAUUGCCACAAACUAAUGGUUAAUGAUAUUCAUAUAUAAUCCUAUCUAUGAUCUAUAUCUAGUAUCACUAUUCUUAUUUUAUAUAUUUUAUUAUACUGGAACAGCUCGUGCCCUCGGUCUCUUGCCUCGGCACCUGGGUGGCUUGCCGCCCACAGGAAGGGAGGUCACAGAGUGACUUAGUCUUUUCUAGUUUAUUGUACUGUACUUUACAAAUAGUUUGCCUUUGGAGUUUGGGAACUGAAGUGAGUGUCUGGUGCAUGCUUUGUGAAUUCCUCUAGCCUGAGAACUCACUGAUAGGAUAGAAUUUUCUAGGUCUUGGAUACAUGGUGGUUUAGAGGCUGCCUCUGAAUAAGAACGUUUUCCCACAGGCAUAAUGUGUUGUCUGUUGCUGAGUAACUAAUUACUACAAACAUAGUGUCUUAAUGCAAUACUCACUUAUUACCGCACAGCUCUGUAUGCUGUGAGCCUGGGCAGGUUGGCCAGAUUCUUUGGGGUCUCCCAAGCCUGAUGUCGAGGUGGUGGCAGGUUGGGCUCCUACCUGGAAGCUCUGGGGAAGGAUCUGCUUUCAUGCUCAUUCAGGUUGUUGGUGGAGUUCAGUUCUUUGUGGUUUUAGGACUGAGGUCCCCAUUUCCUUGCUGACUGUUGUACCCUCAGCCCCUGGAGGCCUUUUUCUGGUCCUGGCAAGUGGUCACCUCCACCUUCAAAGCCAGCGUGGCACAUUGAAUUUUUCUCAUGCUUCAGAACUAUCUUGACUUCUGCAACUAGCUGGAGAAAGCUCCUCGCGUCUAAGGGCUCCUGUGAUUGGAUCAGGCCUGGAUAACCUCCCCAUCUUCAGGUCAGCUGUGUCAUAUUAACGUGAUGCAGUCACAGAGGUGACAGCUCAUCAUAUUCACAGCUUUCUGGAAUUAGGGUGGGGGACCUUGGUGGUGGUGGGAAGGACAUUUUCAGACUUCUGCCUACCACACUGAAUAUUUUUGCAGGUAAAGAAAGUUAUGAUGUGGUAUGUGUUACACAUGAGCGUAUGUGUCUAUGUAGUGCCUGUUUAUAUGUAUGUGUCUUUGCAUGUGUGUGCAUGUGCUUACAUACAUGAAGCGUGUGUCUUCAUGUGUUUGUGUUUAUACAUAAAACUAUAGGCAGCAAUUACAUAAUAGAAUGAGCAUGAGCAGUGGAUUGAGAGUCCAAACACAACUGUGGUCUAGUUCACACUUUGCUGUUUAUUAGUUGUAUGACUUUGGGCAAUUUGUGUAGCCUCUUGGAGCCUCAGUUUCCUCAUCUGUGUGUGGGAUAAGCCCUCGUUAACAGUGAGGGUAGUGAUCCGUGCCUAUCAGGAGUAUUGUAAGGAUUGGAUAAGAGUAUAGGGCAGUGCUUGAAAGCAUAGGCUCAGGACUCAGACUCUAACUCAGCCACAUACUAACUGUGUGACUCUGGGCAAGUUACUUAACCUCUCUGAGCUUCAGUUAGGCUUGUUGUGAGGAUUAAAUAAAACCACGUAAAACCCUUAGCACGGACUCACAGUUAGCAUUCAGUGGAUGUCACCUAGGAUGUUGACAACAGCAUUUGCUGUUUGCUGGAUCCCACAUUUGUCUAUGGGUUAGCAGUGUGACUGCUUUUCUCUUC